AUGGCUUAAAUAUCAGCAUCCGAGUUAGCUGGCCUCCCAUUCUUUCCAUUCCUCUCCCUCUUCUUCCCCAUAAUUGAAAAAGAGACUCCAUUAUCAACUUUGAUUCAUUCCUCUCUUUCUUCCUCCAAAUGGAUUCAACGAGCUCUGAAAUUGCCUUAGAUUACUCUCCCUUUCUCCGCACAUACAAAGAUGGCAGAGUAGAGAGACUCAUGGGCAUCCAUGUUGUUCCUCCUUCUCUGGAUCCCGACACCAAUGUCCAAUCUAAAGAUAUCCCUUACUCGCAAGAACCAAAUCUAUCCUCCAGACUCUUCCUCCCCAAGAACACCGACCCCAACCAAAAACUUCCUCUUCUUGUUUACUAUCACGGCGGCGGCUUUUGCAUAGAAUCCCCCUUCUCUCCUCACUACCACAACUUCUGUAACAUAUUGGCUGCAGAGGCUAACAUCAUUAUAGUUUCCGUAGAUUACAGACGAGCACCAGAGCACUGUCUCCCAGCUGCAUAUGAUGAUUCGUGGACUGUGCUCAACUGGGUUGCUUCCCAUGUUAAUGGAGAUGGUCCUGAAGAGUGGCUGAACUUCCAUGCAGAUCUGAGUUCUGUGUUCUUCGCCGGGGAUAGUGCUGGUGCGAAUAUAGCACACUGUAUGGCCAUGAAAUAUGGUGAACAGAAAUUAUCUGCCAUUAAUCUUGUGGGAAUUGUUCUAAUACAUCCAUAUUUCUGGGGUAAAGAGCCUAUAGGAAAUGAGGUUAAGGAAUCAGAAACAAGAUCAAAGAUUGAAGGGUUCUGGUAUUUUGCAUAUCCUUCAAGUAGUGGGUCCGAUGAUCCUUUGCUUAAUCCUGCUACUGAUCCAAAGUUUGGAAGCUUGGGAUGCAGCAGAGUGCUUGUAUUUGUUGCUGAGAAGGACUUCUUGAGAGACAGAGGAUGGUAUUAUUCUGAGAUUUUGAAAAAGAGUGGAUGGGGAGGAUCAGUGGAGGUUGAUGAAGCCAAAGAAGAAGACCAUGUGUUUCAUUUGUUCAGUCCGGAGAACGAGAAAUCCAAGGCUAUGAUUAAAAGUAUGGCAUCUUUCAUAAAUCAAAAAGAUAAGUCUUGAAAAUCAUAUUUUCUUGUUUUUUUAUAUAUAUAAAUCACACUGCUAUAAACAUAAGUGAUUACAUGUAAAACUUUUUAUGUAUUAAUUAUUGAUAAUGAUGAGAUUA